AUGAGGGAGCUGUUUGAUGUGGGAUGGACUGGCUCUAAGUUUACGUGGUGUAACAAACAUAGAGAUGCAACCUUUACAGUUGAGAGACUGGAUAGAGGUCUAGCCAACAAAGAAUGGCUUGACUGUUUUAAAUCAGUAAAGGUUGAAAAUUUGGUGGCCAGAAGCUCGGAUCACAGACCACUAUGUUUUUCAUAUGGUCAUCAGGCUCCUUUCUUUAAAGGGGGCCAUCAAUUCUUCAAGUAUGAAGUGGCUUGGGGUAAAGAUGAAGGUUGCAGACAGCUUAUUAGGGAGGUUUGGUUGAAUGAGAGUCCUCAUGAUGAUUCUAUCAGGACUGUUCAACACCACCUAAAGCUGAGUAGAGUGUCACUAUCAAGAUGGAGAAGAUCUUCUAGUUCAGAUUUUGAUAAGGAAAUAAAAGAGAAAUCAGCAAUUCUCCAACAGUUGCAAAAUGCAGAAAACCAGCAUAAUGAAGUAGAGGUUCUGAAACUUCAGGAGGAAUUGGGGGUUUUAUUACAAAAAGAAUAUCUCAAAUGGAGGCAAAGGGCAAAAAAGCAUUGGUAUCAAGAGGGGGAUAGAAAUACAAGGUUUUUUCAUGCUUGUGUCAUGCAAAGGAGGAAACAGAAUUUAAUUACUCAAAUCAGAGAUUCUGCAGGUGUUUUGAGAAGUGAUGAGGCUGAAAUUGCUCAUGCCUUUAAAGAGCACUUUCAGAAUAUCUACUCAUCUUCAAACCCGAGGGCAGUAGACAUUGAGGCUUGUCUUCAAUGUAUAAGCAGCAGAGUGUCAAUGGAGAUGAAUGCUGAUCUUGUGGCUCCUUUCCAGCAAGAGGAGGUUUAUUGUGCUCUGCAAUAG